CCCACGUGUGCGCUUCCAUCCCACAUGGCGGUGCUCCUGAAGAGGUUGCUGCAGUCGGCGAGGCACCCUGCGGCCUCGGGCCGGCCCAUGGGACGGCGCGAGGCCAGCCUGGGCACUGAUCCCGGGGCUGUGGUGCGAGUGCGGUUCGCCCCGAGUCCCACAGGCUUUUUGCACCUGGGUGGCCUCCGCACUGCCUUGUACAACUAUAUCUUUGCCAGGAAGCACCAGGGGAGUUUCAUCCUUAGGCUGGAGGACACGGAUCAGACCCGCCUUGUGCCUGGGGCAGCGGAGAAUAUUGAGGACAUGCUGGAGUGGGCAGGCAUCCCUCCUGAUGAGAGUCCCCGCCGGGGAGGUCCUGUUGGGCCCUACCAGCAGUCCCAGCGUCUCGAGCUAUACGCCCGGGCCACAGAAGCGCUGCUGGAGUCCGGUGCCGCUUACCCCUGCUUCUGUUCACCGCAGCGGCUGGAGCUCCUGAAGAAGGAGGCCCUAAGGAACCACCAGACUCCCCGGUAUGACAACAGGUGCCGGAACCUGAGCCAGGGGCAGGUGGCCCAGAAGCUAGCCCAAGGCCCCAAACCUGCGAUCCGCUUCCGCCUGGAAGGGGAAGCGCCAGCCUUCCAGGACCUGGUGUACGGCUGGAAUCGGCAUGAGGUGGCGCAUGUGGAGGGGGACCCAGUCAUCCUGAAAAGCGAUGGCUUCCCCACGUAUCAUCUGGCCUGCGUGGUGGACGACCACCACAUGGGCAUCAGCCACGUACUGCGUGGGUCCGAGUGGCUGGUCUCCACCUCCAAGCAUCUGCUUCUCUACCAGGCCCUGGGCUGGCAGCCUCCUCGCUUUGCCCACCUGCCCCUGCUGCUCAACAGGGAUGGCAGCAAGCUGUCCAAGAGGCAGGGGGACAUUUUCCUGGAGCAUUUCGCGGCUGCCGACUUCCUGCCGGAUGCCUUGCUUGAUAUCAUCACCAACUGUGGCUCGGGGUUUGCAGAGAACCAGAUGGGCAGGACCUUGCCAGAGUUGAUAACACAGUUUGACCUGACCCGAGUCACCUGCCACUCAGCCCUGUUGGACCUGGAGAAGCUUCCAGAAUUCAACAGGCUGCACCUCUGUCGGCUGGUGAGCAACGAGACCCAGAGGCGCCAGCUGGUGGGGAAGCUGCAGGCCCUAGUGGAGGAGACGUUCGGGAACCAGAUUCAGGACAGGGAGGUCCUGGCCCCAGCCUACGUGGAAAGGAUCAUCCUGCUGAGACAGGGUCACAUUUGCCGCCUGCAGGAUCUGGUCUCGCCAGCACACUCCUACCUGUGGACUCGCCCUGCAGUGGGCCGAGCACAGCUGGGCCCCCUCUCAGAGAAGGUGGAUGUGAUUGCCAAGCGUGUGCUGGGGCUUUUAGAAGGACCUGAUACAAGCUUUACUCAGGACAUGCUGAAUAGCAAACUGAAGAAGGUAUCCGAAGGCUUGGAAGGGACCAAACACAGUACUGUGAUGCGGGUCCUCCGAGUGGCCCUCAGCGGACAGCUGCAAGGACCCCCUGUAGCCGAGAUGAUGGUGUCCUUGGGAGUGAGGGAAGUGCGGGAGCGAAUACAGAAGGUGCUUUCCAGCUAGAGAGAAGAUGUGCAGGAGAGUGGAGAUGGCCCUGGGAACCUGGGCAGGCCUGGAAACUGCCUUCAGAGGGAAGCUCGUGGAAGGAACCCCGAGUGGAAACAGUCUCCGAGUGCACACGCUGCUUCUAUGGCUUCUUCUCAUCUCAUGUCUGGUUGGGACGGCACGUUAACGUGGCGCCGGUUAGGGGCAGGUUCACACUUGGCUCAGGCUGCCAGACAAGUGCCUUAAACAACAGAAAAUGGUUUUCUCACAGUUCUGGAGUCUGGAAGUCCAAGGUCAAGGUGUCAGCAGCUGCACUUCACGCCUCACAGCCCCUCACAUGACCUCUUGUCUGGCUCCAACCACAGAAGCCUUCCCGAGGUCCCCAGCCACAUCUCCUUCCUGCCUUCGUACUGCUGUUCCCUGCGACGGGAAGACCUGUCUACCUGCCCUUCUCCUUCCUAGCCUUCAGAUCUCAGCUCCACUGUCAACGGCAGGGAAGCCUCUGACUUCUCCCCAGGAGGUCUUCCUGUUGUCUUUCAUCAGCAGCACCCUCUUCUUUUCCAAAGCACACAACUGGAAUUGAUUCCGUGACUGGUCGGCUAUGUAAGGAGUUCUGCGGUGAUUUGCUGGUGUCAGGAAGGUCCAGAAGGACGAGGCUUUCUAUCUUCACCAUUGGUGAGAAGAGCUCUGCUUCACACGGUGGCUGCCCAGAGACACUGUUGAGUCAAAGACCAGAUCCACCUCUGAUUGGAUCAGAUGGUCAGGGUGAGCAGUCACGUGCACGGGUGCUGGCUUCGCUGAGGUCCCUGUGUUUAGUGAGAAUGUCCAGGAACUUCACAUCACUGGGGGUAACUAUUUUCAUGAGUGAGUCACGGGAUAUGAAUGUGUUGUUGUUGUUUUUUUUAAUUUGGAAGGCAGUACAAGUUUGUCUUGGCACUUGUGCUCAUUAUCAUGGCCUGGGGGAAUCUCCAACUUAUCCUUUAUAGCUGGGCCAAAUGUUAGGCUCUAGGCCAGAGCCCCCUCAGCUCUGCCCCCUCCCACCACUUCCCCAAUCCUGAUGGCAGUAGGACAGCCCAGCCAGAGAGGGGAGGCUUUCAUCACCUGUAGAACACCUCUAAACCGAGUCCAUUCAGUCCUAGCUUUAUUCAUUCAUUUGACAAAUACCUGUUGUGUGCCAGGCCCUCUGAUGCCUGGGGAUGUGGAGAGGAAUAAUAAAGGCUCAUUAAUUAUAGACGCUCAGGGGUGCCUGAGGGGCUCAGUCUGUUAAGCAUCUGCCUUCCGCUCAGGUCAUGAUCCC